CGAGACUGUGCGGGGACCAGUGUGAGUGGAAAUUGUCGCGCGCGAUCUCGCCGACAAUUGCGACCGUACAGGAUCGAUCGAUCGGCGUAAAGUCGCCGCCGUCCUCGUCAUCGUCAUCGUUAUUGUAGCGUACGAUCGCGCGCAGAUCGAUCGGGACGAUGAUGCGGGUGGUGGCGAGUGAAGAUGAAAAGAAUUAACAGGAUUAUGGAAACGCGAAUCUGCAAGUGUGUCUGACGAUCAGCCGGGAUCAUGGCCCUGACUGUCGUUCCCUCGACUCGUGUUUUCAAUGGAAAUGUGGGGACGCAGGCGUACGUUUCCGGUUCGAAAUGCCUUUGUUGCCCUUAUGGAUAUCACAUCGAUCUGGAUUUCGUGCGUUAUUGCGAGGCUGUCGCAGCCGGAAGUGCCGGGGACAGGCCCUGCACGGAACGGCGUAAGAAGCGAGAACGUCGUAGACAAUGUCAGUCAAUGGAGGUUCUUCUUGGCCUGGUGAGUCCGGCACUGGCGGGCAUAGAGGCUGAAUUGCCGAAAAUACCACAAGAAUGUACGACCGCGAACGGGCUGACUACUCUGCCGAGAUCAAAUCAUCCGCCGCCAAGACAGCAGAGAGAUUUGCAUCCCUCGCCAGUCGUCGAUCUCAGCGAUGUCGUGGGUGAUUUCGAAGCAACCCUCAAGCGAUCUUGCAGGUCAUCGAAAACUUCCGAUUGUCGACUUUUCACAGAAACCGAUGGCACAAAUGGGACGGCACCGGUGCAAAAUGCGGCUCAGACAGACCAGCCGGCAGAUUCUGACAACGCCAGCGUUGGAAGUGGCAAUUCGAAUCUUAGUACCGGCGCACUUCAGAAUAUCAGGGAACAAAUGGCGGCAUCUCUGGAACGAAUGAAAGAGUUGGAGGAACAGGUCAAGGCGAUUCCCAUGCUGCAGGUGCAAGUCUCGGUAUUGAAAGAGGAGAAGCGUAAUCUUCUACGGCAAGUGGACGAGCUGAGUAAAACGAAUUCCUACAAUGACACCCUACACAGGCAUCGCAGCCAGUCGUUUUCAGAACAAUGUACUCCCCUACGAAACCUGAAGAACUCUGAAAGCGUAUCUACCAGGGACAUGGGAACCAUGUGUGGCGUGAUGACAAGGGAUGUCGGAGUAUCGUACCAACCGGUUCGAACGAGAGAUGUCGGUAUGAUAACAAGCACACCGAUCAAACCAUCGUUACAAGAGAGUCAUUUGCGAAUCGAGGAGAUUAUACCCGAGAUCCAAGAUCAGAGUACUGUAUUGGUCGACGAAACAUCGUCAAACCUCUCGAACCUUUGCAAUUCUCAGUCUCGCAGCUGGAAAUCGAGUUUAACCCGCAGUCAACUGAUGCUGGAGGAGGUCCUGCCGGAAGUACGAAAAAAACAAUUAACGAGAACUCCACUUCAAGUGGAAUCGAUACUGCCUAACAAUGAGAACAAUGUAAUUAAUCGCAAAACCAUAAAGAAAACACGAGACUUCGGUAUUAAUACGGAAAACAAAUCCAGGAGUCUUGAAUACAGUCACUUCCUAAUUGAGGAUAUUGCACCGGAAGUGAAGAAGGAGAUAAAAAAACGUUCUUACGGCACAACAACAAGAUUAAGUAUGAAGGAUCUUUUAUCGAAAGAAGAUGCUGAAUUGCUUGUGGAACAUGCUUUAAGGAAUUACAAGAAUAAUUUAAUGAAAGAUACUUCCUCCAGGAGCGUUCAAUGCAGUCCAGAAACGCCCAAAGUCGCUGAGAAGCGGGAUCGGUCGGUUCAAGUGACAGAACAGUUUAAAAUGCGCUCACAUGUGAGCGUAACUGCUAAGCCGAUGACAUCGGAAGUCGGGAUUGAAGUCAAACUCGGUGCUUGCAUCAGAAGCAUAGGCGUUGGACCAGAUCCAGUGCAGCCGCCUGUGUCGUUGAACUGGAUAAAUUUGAGGAGUCAUUCAUUCAACUAUGGUGACACGCGAAUGAAGACAAAAGCGAGCAAGUCGGUAGCGGUGAUGGUGGAGGAUUUGGUAAAAACCAUCGCUCGCGGUACCGAUACUUCCGGUCUCACGCCAAAGUGUCGAGAUUUUGGUACCUCGACGAUGAAGAAGACGUUGGUCGACGUGUCGGUCGGUGAUUCUGUGAGGCCGCACAUCUCGAUCUCUUGCGCGGCGAAUUAUUGCGAUAAUUGCAAGGAGACAAUCAAAAGUUUGGCGAAGCAAAUAGCAAACAAUGCCGAGAACAGCCUGAAUCAUCAGAACAGCAAUAUGGUAUCCAGGAUCCCGAGGCCGUCCCAUAUUCCUCUGAACACCAGUGAUUAUAGAAGACAAUUCAAACGCCAGGACACUUACACAAAAAUAUCAGCCGCCGGUGUGAUUAGAUACGACGCGGACAAUAAAGAGCAGUACGACAGUAGCAAUCGUAUUCAACAACUGCAAUCCGAGAAAACCAAGGAUGAGAAGAUUGUGUCAGAAGAGAUGUGUAACGUGGAGAAGGAGACAGAUAACGAGGAGAAAUCGGAGCUACCAGAAUCAGCUUUGUUUCAACCAAUUCAAGAUAAGCCUAGGAAAAAGGUUGAGCCCUCGAAGGAGAUGCAGGCCGCUAUGAAGGUGCUCAACGACAGUAUCAAGAAAUCACCUAGCAGAAAUAUCUCUCAUCAGCUUAAAAAUGCUACCAAUAUUAUACAACAAGAAUGGUUCAAAAUAUCCAGCACAUCUAGCGCGAAUCCGUUAGAUGUCGAGGAUUAUUUGGACCGUUUUGAGGAAUGCUCCAGCACUCUGCUGGAGUACAUUGUCAAUAUGACGGACACCAGUGGAAAUACAGCGAUGCACUAUGCGGUCUCUCAUGGCAAUUUCGACGUGGUGUCUAUAUUAUUAGAUUCGAAAGUCUGCGAUAUUAAUAAGGCGAACGUGGCUGGUUACACGGCUGUGAUGUUAGCUGCUCUGGCAGAAGUCAGAAAUUCCACGCACGCCUCGGUAGCGAAUAGAUUGUUCCAGCUUGCUGACGUCAACAUCCGAGCAAAAUUGCAUGGACAAACUGCGCUGAUGUUGGCAGUAUCACACGGACGUAAGGAUAUGACGCAACUGCUUCUAGAUGCUGGAGCAGCAGUUAAUAUCCAGGAUGAAGACGGUAGCACCGCGCUAAUGUGCGCAGCGGAACACGGCCACACUGAGAUCGUGAGAUUGCUCCUUGCACAUCCGGACUGCGAUCCAUCUAUAGUCGACGUAGAUGGCAGUUCGGCUCUGAAGAUCGCCUUGGAGGCGGGUAAUCGGGAUAUUGGAGUGCUACUUUAUGCUCAUGAGCACGUUAAUCGGGGCAUUAGCCCAUAUUCUACUCUAAGACGAAGCAGAAGAGGUUCCAAGCCGACAACACCCACUGGACCGUCUCCAUCGGCUCCAGCUAGCCCGGCGCCAUCACGACGUAUUCACUCGUCCAGCGUUUCUCUGAACACAUCGAAAUAUUCCAAAUAAUUCCGAUAGCAGAUCCUUUAUGUAUGAUUUUCUUAAGAUUCAUCCAUCAUGAUUUUUCUUUUCGCACAUUAUUUAAAACGUAUAGUAAUUGGCAAGCGCGAGUCACAGUAUAACUGGAACUUUAUAUUUAAGUAUAACUCUUCUUUUAUACAGUCUGUUUUAUAUUUUCCUAUAAGUUAUGGUUAUAUUUAUAAUGUGUAUUAUUGUAUACACCAUAACUGAAAACAUACGACGAUACAUUGAAGUCCUCUUGCCUAACGAUCGAUUUCUUUCGAUAGAACUGUAUUGUAUAAUUUAGGAAAUCAAGAACAAUGCUCAACACUGUAUAUAUCUAUUCAGGGUAACGUUGGAAAAAUCUUAUAGUUUAGUUUGUAGCAGUAAUCUUUAAUAAUAGUCCAGUAUAGGUGCUGUCAGACAUUUUGACGAAUCUUUCAUAAAUCCUUCGUAAAUUUUAUACGAUUUUGAUUGUAUAGCACAUCCUGGAAUACAAUUUUUCUCUUAGACAGGGUGUGGAAGUACAAAAUAAUUAAUAUCCGAUAAUGACGAUACAAUCCACAGCAAAGAAAAUUGGUCAACUUUUUGUUUUUUUUUUUUCUUUUUGAUUCUGUGGCAUUGAACAUUCCAAAAAGAACAAUCGUCGAUCCGAAAACGGUAGAAAUUUAUACAAUAUUUAAUACAUCCAAAUUUCAGGCCUAAUCUCAAAUUACUCCUUGGGAUCAAAUCAUGGGUCAAUAUCGUGUGCAUAUUUAUGUACACACGAUAUAUAGAUAUACCGAUAUGCGUAGAGAAACAUUACGUAGUGAUAUAUGUAAUAAAUGUAUAAUGUUAUAACAGUGUGAGAAUUUUACGAUUUAAUAAUUGACGGCGUUUUCAUGCGCGAGCGACAUCAAACGUACUUAUCACUGUUCUACGUUGAGAUAAAGAUGUUAGAUAGUGAAAAUUGUAUAAAAGCAGUAUAUCUAGUUAUAAAAUGUAUCGAAAGACUUACGAAGAAAAUUAUGUUUUUGAACUUGUUAACAAUUUUCAUAUCGAGAAUUUUAUACAUGGUCAUAUCGAGACGUUAAUACAUGUUUAUUUAACCGAAUGAAUCGUCAACAUGAGCAUUGAGAAUAAUAGCGUUCCAUUUAUGUAAAAGAAGAAUAAAUACAUUGUGAACGUUUUUCUUAUAA